UCGUUUAUUAUUUAAGUGAGAAUUUUUAGACAAAAAUAUUUUCGCAGAUUUCUUUAGUAAUAAUUCGAAUCAGCUUCAUCUAGUGGCAAAAGAAUGGAGUUAAAGUCACAAUUAUUACCUACAAAUUUCUUUUUGUCGGCGAUAUUGUUUUCAGUUUCGUUUAUCUACCACUAGGUGAUGCUGAAGAGACAUUCGUAUUCUACGCAUCUUCGACAUAGAGUGAGUUAAAAUAUUUUUUCUAACUACGUAAAGAAUAUUAAUUAUUAAUUAUUUUAUAUUAAAUAUAAUACAAAAUUUCGGACGAAAAGAAAAGUUAUACAAUGGGAAAAAUCGAAGUUAACGAUGAGAUAGUUCGAAUGAGGAAAUUAGUACGACAGGCCAGGGUAUGUGUAAUACAUAAAUUAACAAGAGAAGCUAAAACAUUGCGUACAAAAAAUGGAACCGAGAAGCAACAAGAAAAAAACAAAAAGAAGGCGGAUAAAUUGAUCAAUGAGAUAUAUUUCUUAAAAAAGAUCAAAGAUGAUCGUAUUACCAAAUUUGGUAUUACUAAUACAAAAAGUUUGCAAGAAAUUUUACAAAGUAAAAAGUCCAAAGCAAGUACUCGUAUUAUGGCCAAAGUAGUAGAUUAUAAGUCGCUAAAAAAUGCUAUAAUCCAAUUUCGCAACACAUACUCCGAUUAUGAGCAACAUUUACAACCUGGGAAAAAUAAAUCUAUAAAUCAAAAUAAGAAGUCUGAACAAAAGGAAGAAGAGAGCGAGACGAUAACAAAGAGAGAAACACGUGCUAGUAGUAGAGUUACUGAAAGUUCUUUAGCGAAUGAAUCAAAUUCUGAUGAUGAAGAUAAAAAUAAUAUAAGGACAGAAAUCGAAGAUAGCAAUCAUUCAGAGGAAGAACAAACUUCAAAACAGAAUGAUUCAGAAGCAGAAAGUACUCUCAGAAUAAAACCUAUAAUUUGUAAACGGACUAAACACAAAGAAAAUAAAUGUUUAAAAAGAGAUAGAAAAAAAAGUACAGAAUCUAUAGAAGAGUGCGAUGAUAAACAUGAUAAUGAAGAUGUUAAAAAUAUCAAGAAAGCACGGAUAAAGAUAAUAUCCCAGGAACAUAAAAAACAAAGACCGGUAAAAGUUAUUAGUAAACAGGCAACAGUAAAAAGAUUUACAGAAAUUCUGCAAGAACAAAGUUCAGAAGAAAAUGGUUAUUCGAAGAUGAACAACGAGAAAACUCCUACUGAAAUUAAGUCAGAAUCCGAAAAGAAAGUCGAUUCGUUCUUCGUAAAUGGUGACGGUAAUGCGUACUUGAGCUUAGCAUCUUCAAUAAUAAAAGAAAAUAAAUAUCUGUCCGAGAAUGAAGAUAGUAACUUUUAUAAUAACAAAUCCAAAGGGUACAUCGAUAAAAGGGCAUUUGCGAACGAUAGGUUUUUCAGUAAUGUAAAAUCCUCUGAAACGAUAAGAGGAAGAGGAAGACAAAAAGAAAGUCGACACAAUGAUAACAAUUUUAAUAGAGAUAAAAGUUUAUUUAAAAAGCAGAAGAACAGCAAUGAAUCGUUCUUCAAAGAUACAAAGAAACGUAACAACGUCAUGAGCGAGAAUUCAAACGAAAAUGAAAAUUUACAUCCGUCUUGGGCAGCAAAGAAGAAACAACAAGAGAUUAUAAAGCAAGGUUUUCAAGGAAAGAAAAUCAUUUUCGAUAACGAAUAAAUUAUAACUCAUCGAUAUUUAUGCAGACCUUGUAAAUAAAUUAUUCUUAUCCUUAUACGACAAUUCUCUUAGUGUAAAUUUUGUAAGAAUUCGAAUGAACUGAAUAUUCCGAUACGAUAUUAAGAUUUAUACGAGACGAAAAGAUUACGGAAGUGGCAAAAUGGAGCGACGAGACGGGAAAUGAUUAAUUUUAUAGGCUCAUCACUUACUCCGUUUUGAUCGGUGAUUUUCUACGUCGGAAAGCGAUUACGUCCACGACGUUCAACAUCGUUCAUUUCUUCGCUCAAAAACAAUUUUUGUACACGUUAUUGUAUACCAUGAUUAUUGUAAAUAUUUUAGGAAGUAGAAGAAGCGAAUCGUUUCAAACAUUCUUCAUUUUUUCUAUCUCUUAAAAAAUUUAGUAGGUUAACUAAUAUAAUAAUUGGUAGCAACAAAUACGAAUAAAUGUUAUUAGUCGAAUAGUUCACACCGCACGUUUAUAAUAUGUACACAUAUAUACAUAACAGAUAUAUUCGUAUUAAACAAAUAAAUUCUACAUAAAUCUUCAUAAAAA